AUGAGAUUUAAUAUAGAUGUAUCUAUUAAAAACAUUGAAAGACUAAGAAGGGGUUGUGGAGAUACAUUCCUAAUAAAAGGGCCGAAGACCAAGAUUCCCCGCGAUUGGAAGAAAUUCCUCGGUAAUGGCAAAAACAAGGAACAACUUGUUAACCUUCUACACAAUGAAUGGAAACAAGACAAAUAUGCCCAUCAUUUUCAUGGUAAAAAACUUUACUUAUCACAUAAUGAUCAGUGCACGUUGUUUACUAGCGAAGACGGUUCAACUGUAUAUUAUACUGUACAAGAGGAAGCGGAUACUAACAUUAUUUUACAUUGCUUCCAUGCUUCUCAAUUUUGUCAAGAUAAAUUGCCCAUCAGAAUUAGGUCAUCAAAUACAGAUGUUUUUAUGUUGCUGUUAAGGUACGUCAACGAAAUUGAAAAUGUGUUACUAUUUGAUACAGGAGUUGGAAACAAACGAAGGGUCAGUAAUGUCACCAACAUUUCUGAUAAUUUAGGUGUAGCAAAGUGGCAUGCUAUGUUGAACAUGCAUGCACUAUCCGGAUCUGACACUACCAGUUCUUUUGUUCGUCGUGGAAAGUUGUCAGUAAAAUCUAAAUUAGAAAAAUGUUCUAAAUUCGUGCCUAUCCUUAGGUCAUUAGGAUCAUCAUUUACAGUUACAUAUAAGUUAGUGACAUACUUAGAGGAAUUCGUCUGUUACUUGUACAGUAAUAAAGGAUACAUAGAUAUAAAUAAGCUACGGUAUGAAUUAUUCACACACAAAUACUCUCCUACAGUGACCUCAACGUUGCCAAAUACGCAAGGGGAUCCGUUGCCGUCCGAACUAACCGAUGUUAUGGAAAGCUAUCAUCCAGAUGAGUUUGAAGAUGAAAAUGAGUCAGACCUAGUUAACUUCACAUGCCGUUGUUUGGAAAUUUUUGCUUUCAUUUAUGCUUGCAUAAUUAAGAUUUUGUGUUAA